UCUUGAAAAAUGGCGCUCAAAACCCUAAUUCCAUUUCCAAUUUUGGCCCCAUCGAACCCAUCUCACCGGCCAGCUUCCGAGGUUCGGUUUUCCCGGUGGAACAAUGCCAACGCCGAGAGGUUCACCCUCCGAGAACGCGCUCAGAAAGAAAUUGAAGACAAUAUUCGCCGGGAACGGCGUUUUGAUUCCGCCACUAGAAUCGCCGAUAUUGAUGAUGCCGGUACUUCCAAAGAAGCCGCCGCCGCCGGAACCUUCAAGUCCACGGGAACUCCGUCUUCUCCCUCAAAACCUUCGAUUCCCGGAAAAUCCUCCAAGUACUCCAAAAAUUCUAAAACAUCGCACCCCGCCUUUCGUCAAAUUUCAAGAAGAACGAAGCUUCCAGGCCCUAAUAUCUCCCCCGAAGCGAAACGCGGCAUUUCUAUAGGGGAGGAUGGAGUUUCGUACAUGGUUCCUGGUGUUCCAUUUGAACUGAGAUACAGUUACACUGAAACCCCAAAGGUAAAGCCGAUAGCUUUGCGCGAGCCGCCUUUUUUGCCCUUCGGUCCUGACACAAUGCCGCGGCCCUGGACCGGCCGAGCGCCUCUUCCGCCGAGCAAGAAGAAAUUGAAAGAAUUUGAUUCUUUUCAGCUGCCACCGCCCGGUAAAAAAAGGGUUAAGCCAGUGCAGGCGCCAGGGCCCUUCUUGCCUGGAUCCGGUCCAAGAUAUGUGAGGUCAAGGGAGGAGAUAUUGGGGGAACCAUUGACAGAGGAGGAGAUCAAAGAGUUGGUCCAGGGGUGUGUGAAAUCAAAGAGGCAAUUGAAUAUGGGUAGAGAUGGCUUGACACAUAAUAUGUUGGACAACAUCCAUGCUCACUGGAAACGGCGGAGGGUAUGCAAGAUAAAAUGCAAAGGUGUGUGUACAGUUGACAUGGAUAACGUGCGCCAACAGCUGGAGGAGAAAACAGGAGGGAAGGUCAUUUAUGGUAAAGGUGGGGUACUAUUCCUUUUCCGUGGCAGAAAUUACAACUAUAGAAAUCGCCCGCGAUUUCCUCUAAUGUUGUGGAAACCUGUUACUCCUGUAUAUCCAAGGUUGGUUCAAAGGGCUCCAGAGGGUCUAACACUUGAAGAAGCUGGUGCAAUGCGCAAGAAAGGACGGAAACUUAUCCCUAUAUGCAAGCUUGCAAAAAAUGGUGUAUACACAGACUUGGUAAAUAAUGUGAGAGAGGCAUUUGAAGAAUGUGAGUUGGUCCGAAUAAAUUGUCAAGGAUUGAAUGCAAGUGACUACAGAAAAAUAGGUGCCAAACUCAAGGACCUUGUCCCAUGUGUGCUAAUCUCAUUUGAGCAUGAGCAUAUACUUAUGUGGAGAGGAAGCGAUUGGAAGUUCUUGCAUCCAAAACCAGAAGAUGGUUGCAAGGAAGCUAAGGAGUCUGACAAUAAUAGUGAAGCUUCCAUUCCACCACCUUUUGAAGGUCAAGAAUUAUCAGCAUCAUGUUCUUCAAAGAUCUCAGUUAAGGAUACAAGUCUCGACAUGCUUGACACAAUCGCAUCCCCUGUGAUUAAUGAAGAUGUUGCUAUGGACAAAACAGAGGAUUUGUCCUCAAAAGGAAAUGAUAUCCUCUCCUUUGAAGGAAAUGAUAAGCCAUUUGCAGCUACUCAACUGGUGAAAACUGCAUACAAUUGGGACACCGUUUCAGAUGACACUGGUGGUACCAAUGAAUCAGAGAUUAUAUUGACCAAAUUGGAUAAUGCACAUCAUGCUGAUGAUGAAUCAGCAGCGAUGCCAGUGGAACUUGACACUAUGCUGGAAAAUGGAAGCAUUAAAAACGAGUUGAUGGAUGCUGUAACUCAUGACAUGGACAAACUGCAAGACAUUCCCAAAGCCUCACAGGAUUGUGGUAAGAUGACAGGAUCGAGUGCGCCCUGUACUGGGGGGCUUCUUUUACUCUUGAAGCAAGCUGUUGAUAGUGGGAGCGCGGUUGUUUUAGAUGGUGAUAGUUGUGAUGCUGACAUUGUUUAUGGAAAGACAGUUGCCUUUUCUAAGGAUGCUCCACCAGGGCCUGUUUUUAGGAGGCCUAGGAAAGCAGCAGUUCAGAAGUGUGAGAAAGAAGAACCCAGAGACCUAGUGGUGGGCAAAAUUGUAACAGCUCCAGAGAAGGGUAGAAGCCAGAGCAAAAGUUCUAGAAAUCAAAUAGCCAAAGAUUUCAAAGAAGGUUAUCUAGAUGUAGAUUAUCCAGGUGUAGGAACACGGGGAACCCUUGGAGUGGAUGAACUUGCAAAACUAUUGGCUUAAUGGUCACUGGAACUCUGAGAUGAAUGCAUCAUUUUUCUUAUAUAAUAGGGCUGUCUUAUGUGGUGUUAAUCGCUCCAACCCAGCCUUUUUGUACAUUCUUGACAUUUGUGUUUCCAAUGUAUUUUUGCAUAAUGUAUUGGAUUCCAUUGAAACUGAAAGUAGUGCAUGUCAUACUGAUUACAAUUAUUGGAAAUUCUUUGUUUA